UAUUGUGGUGAGAAGACAGCAGUUUGACUCAAUCAUAGAUGCGCUGUUAACUUUCAUUUUGUUUUUCCAAAGUAGAGUAACCGUAGUGUGAAGCCGCUAUAAAAAGAAAAUAAAUAAGCAAAUAAUAACAUUUUUACACUAAAUUUAAAACUUUGAAGACACGUUUUGGACGGGAUGACACAAAGCUCCCUGUAGUUACCCAGACUGCUGGCGGUAAUCAAGGAACUGACGAAAAGAAACAAGCCCUGCUAAUUCUGUGCUGCGCCUAAAACAAAAGCCACACUGUUUCUUUGCCACAUUCAUGGCGCCGACAUCUUUAUUGACGCUGAUAUGGUCUGCCCGCGGGAUCUGACGUUGUCACAUGCACCACAAAGUUACAUCGUCUACCAACUCUGCCCUGGAAAGGACUCUUGUGUCAUAAUGCAAAUUAGCAUUUCUAAUAGUAUCAGGAGGGUCAUUGAUUUCAAGCAGCUUCGCGUUUUUUCCGGCAAUCAUUCUGGAGGUGUUAAGGACAAGUAUAAGAUGACUCGUUUAAAGUGCGUUUUAGUGACAAUAUUAUCCAGCACCAACCUUCUUCUUCUUCUUGUAAUUAGUUUAAUGGCUACACAAUAUCCGCGUACUCAUCAUUUCUGCCCAGAUGAUUGGAUUGGCUUCCAAAAAAAAUGCUAUUAUUUCUCUAAAGAGGAAGGAGAUUGGAAUUCAAGUAGACAUGACUGUAUCACUCGAGGUGCAGACCUAACUAUCAUUGACACGACAAAAGAAAUGGAUUUUCUUAAGCGAUACAAAUGCACUGCUGAUCACUGGAUUGGGCUGGAGAUAACAGAAAAUCAAACACUACAAUGGGUAAAUGGAACCAUGUCUAAAAAAUGGUUUCCGGUGAGAGGAAAUGAAAAGUGUGCUUACCUCGAUAACGAUGGUGCGGCAACAGCUAGAUGCUACACAGACAGAAAAUGGAUUUGCAGGAUGCAAAUGCACUAAAUUCAGGUUUCUAUAGUGGAAUUACAAGACAGGUACAAUGAUCUUUGUAGCUGGUUUUCUCUCCUCCUGUGUAAGUUAAUUUUCAACACUCUACUGCUUUAGCCUGAUAAUACAUCUUGAUAGUUGUUAAAAUAAUUUCCUUCAACUUAUUUUUCUACUCUUCACAUGGCCUGUACCUUUGCUUUUCUGUAACAUUUUAGAAGAAUCUUGUAAUUUCACAGGAUCUCUAGGUCAAUUUGAGAAGUGUUGUGUGUAUUUAUGGUAUUAUUUUUCUAUUUAUUUAUAUGUUUUGUAUUGUGUUGGUCUUCUUGAGUGAUCUGUAAUUUUUCUAAUGAGUCGUGAAUGUUAUUUAUUAUAUGUGCCCAUAUUGAAUGUAUCUGAUGUUUAUGUUAUUGCAAUUGUAUGAUUUUAUCACUUUUUAAAAUAGUUACUUUAUAUAUGGAAAUGUAACUGUUUUGGCUAUUCUUCUGUUCAACAUACAUUCUGAAAACGUCCAAUUUCUAACAAUUGGUGGAUUCUUUUAAAUAUUGUAAGACAGCACUUUUAUUUUUUCUUAUCUUAUAACUGUUACUUAAUUCUUGUCUAAUAAAAUGUGUAGGACUUCCAGCACAA